AUGUUUUGGGGCCUGCGACUCGAACCCGGACGGUGGACCCCGUACGUGCCGCCGCCGGACGUGGACGUGCGCCUGCACGUCUCCCAGAUCGCCCUGCGCGGGGACGUCGAGGAUGGCGAUCGAGUCGUGGUGAAGAUGCGAUGCGAGACGGAUGAGGCGGUGCUCGCGGGCGUGGACGCGUCGAUGCGAGGGGACGACGACGAGGAUGACGAUGAGGAUGAUGAUUCGUUCGAAAAGGAGGAGUACCGCGUGUGCGUCCUGAUCGGUGGACGUUGUGAGUCGCAAGGGGUGGAUUUGGUCCUGGAUGAGUACGCCGAGUUCACCGUGGAGGGAAAAUGCGGGUGCGAUUUGACGGGGUAUUACAUGCCCGAAUUCAGCGAUGAAGGGGAUGAUGACGCCGAUUACGACGAGGACGGGAUGAUGCCCGGGUUUUACGACGAUAGCGACGACGAGGAGAUCGAUUCGGACCUCGAAGACGUCGACAUCGACGACUCCGAGGACGAUUCCGAAGACGAAGAUGAAGACGAUUCCGAAGACGAUUCCGAAGACGAUUCCGAAGACGACGAUGACGACGAAGAUGAUUCCGAGGACGAUGACUCCGAGGACGACGAACCAGUCGUCACGAAGAAGGGCGGCGUCAAGAUUCAAGAGAUCAAGGAGGAGAAGAAGCGACCGGCGGAGGAAAAGCCGGCGAAGACUCCCGAGCCGAAGAAGCAAGCGGUCGAGCCGAAGAAGCAAGCGGUCGAGCCGAAGAAGCAAGUGGUCGAGCCGAAGAAGAAGCCGGACACUCCCAAGCGCGUCCACAAGAACGGGAUGGAAAUCAUCAACACGUUUGCGUCGAAGAACGCCAACGCCAAGGUCGCCGCCGGCGGCAAAAAGGUUGCGAUGAAGUACAUCGGCAAGCUCCCGAGCGGUAAGAUUUUCGAUCAAACCAAGGGUAACGCCACGUUCACUUUCCGCUUGGGCGUGGGCGAGGUCAUCAAGGGCUGGGACGUCGGCGUCGAGGGCAUGCGCGAAGGCGACAAGCGCACGCUCAUCAUCCCGUCGGCGAUGGGCUACGGCAAGAAGGGCAUCAAGGGCGUCAUCCCGGGCGGAUCCGCCCUGCACUUCGACGUCGAGCUCAUCAAGGUAUUCUAA